CUACGUCAUAAAACAGGCCAGCAUGCAUAAUUGAAGCUAGCGGAGGGUUGAAGUCGCGAAAACGUAGUGCUCUUCACCCCCACACUUUCAUGCACUUGUGAGGGGUCUCCCGUUGUCAUUCCCAUACCAUUGGAAUGCCUGGGAGAUACGGAGAGCAGCUGUUGGCUUCUACCCGAAAGUAAGCCCCGCUUAGCUUGAUACUUGGGGUAUUACCAGGCAAUCCCUGGUACAGUUUAAAGUUUACGGGGCCCUUUCACCUGCAUGUGGAUAAUUUGCUUGGGUACAGAGGACUGCGGGGAAGGCAUUUACAUUCCCAUAACCAUCUGUACACUUCAUAUAGUUGAAACCUACUCUUUAUCCGGAUUUCAAGACACAAGAGAUACAUAAACUUCGCUAGAUCAGUCAACUGACAAUACCUUUACCAAAAUAUACAGAUUCAGCCAUGACCGCUGACACCAUGUAUUACGACUCGAUUAUCGUGGGUGCUGGGUUCGGAGGAGUCAAGUGCAUGUACGACCUCAGAAAGCUCGGAUACUCCGUCCACGGGAUUGAUAAGGGAAGCACCCUCGGGGGUGUUUGGCACCACAACCGCUAUCCCGGUGCCAGAGUGGACUCUGAAGUUCCUGUCUACCAAUUAUUCAUCAAAGAAGCGUGGGAAGAUUGGACUUUCUCUGAGAGGUUCCCCGGCUGGAAGGAGAUUCAGGCCUACUUUGCCCACGCAGACGAGAAGUUGAAAAUUUCCAAGGACUACUCCUUUGCCUCCACGGUAACCGCUACUCACUGGGACGAUGAGAGCCAUACGUGGACCGUUACUGUAACCGGAGAGGGUGCCGGGAUGUACAAGUGCAAAUACUUACUUUUAUGCACCGGGUUUGCUGCCAAAAAGAUUAUUCCUCCAUUUAAGAACUUGGACACGUUUAAGGGGGUUUGUUUCCAUACCGCCGACUGGCCUUGGGAAGGGGUCGAUGUCAAGGGAAAAAAGGUUGCGGUAAUCGGUACGGGUGCCUCGGGAGUCCAGGUUAUCCAAGAGAUUGGCAGAGAGGUUGAAAGCUUGACCGUGUUCCAGAGAUCCAUUAAUACCGCUUUGCCAAUGAGACAACGUAAACUUACGGUUGAAGAGCAGCAGGUCUUGAAGCCUGAAUACGACAAGAUCCUUGGUGAUGCUUUGAAGACUAUGGGCGGUAAUGCCUUUGAUACUACCUGGGAAAACGCUGUCGACUCUACCCCGGAGCAACGUAAAGCGUUAUACGAUGAGAAGUGGGCUGCUGGGGGUUUCAGAUUCUGGAGUUCAAACUACCAAGAUGCAAUCUUGAACAAAGAAGCGAAUCGUUAUGCCUACGAAUACUGGAGAAACAAAGUGGCUCACCGAGUUGAAGAUCCUCGAAAAUUGGAGAUUUUAGCUCCCGCAGAGUCGCCGUACCAUAUCUUUACCAAGAGACCUUGCUUGGAGCAAUGGUUCUAUGAGAUCUUUAAUCAGGAUAAUGUGGAUAUCGUGGAUAUCAAACUGGACCCAAUCACUGAGUUUACCGCUACCGGGAUUAAAACUGCCUCUCAGGAGUUUGAUUUUGAUAUCAUUGUGCUUGCCACGGGCUUUGAUGCGGUCACAGGCGGGUUUGAUCAGAUCGAUAUUAGGGGCCAAGGAGGGGUUAAGCUUGCAGACCGGUGGAAGGCUGGCACUUUUUCCCACCUAGGAAUGACUAUCGCAAAGAUGCCAAACUUGUUCUAUUUGUAUGGCCCACACGGUCCAACCGCCUUCUCCAACGGCCCAAGUUCCACUGCGGUCCAGGCCGAUUGGAUUAUCAGAACGGUGGAGUUUGUGGAAAGAAACGACAAGGGAUUUAUUGUUCCGACCGAGGAAGCAGAGAAGGUCUGGUAUAAACGUGUCAAUGACGCCUGCAAUGCUACUUUGUUGCCAACGACGAAAUCCUGGUAUAUGGGGUCCAACGUCCCAGGGAAGAGAGUAGAAUCUUUAAACUACGUAUCUGGUAUUCCGGCAUAUGUGAAAGACAUCGAAGAAGCGGAAAAGAAUGGCUACGUGAAGGACUUUGUAUUUGCCACUUAGCUCAGUAUGUGCGUACGUGUCUUUCAGCCAAAAGUAUUGCAUCAGUGCGCAUAUAUUUAAAUAUAGCAAAGGAUGAGAUUGAUACAUUUACAAUUAUACAUGUAUAUAUA